AAAGAUGUCAUUGUCACUGCUAAGCUCCAGGCGAGCCUUUAUUACUGCCAUCAUUGUUACCGUUUUAUUAUUCUUUUCAUUAUUUUCUAGCAUCAAUAUAUCAGAUAGACAAUGUACCAACAAUAGAUUCAUGCCCUCUGUUUCGAUAUCACUUUCUGCUAAGCCCAGCACGAUUGACUUUAACCACUUGACAAGUUCACCUUUAGAUGCCAAGCGAAACAAGGAAAAAGUGCUUGUCCUGACUCCACUCAAGGAUGCUGCACGGUACCUGGAUAGAUACUUUGAACUCCUUGAACGUACAACCUACCCUAACCAUUUGAUCUCUAUUGCCUUCCUUGUCUCUGAUUCUUCUGAUGGCACUCUCGAAGUCCUCCAAGAGUAUGCUCACAAGUUCCAGAGUCGAUGGGCCAACCGAUUCGAUUCAAUCCGUAUCUUCCAAAAGGAUUUUGACUUUGAUUUACCAAGCGAAAAGCGUCAUAGAUAUGAAAUGCAGCCCUUGCGUCGUAAAAUCAUGGCAAGGUCUAGAAACUGGCUUCUUUCAGCCAGUCUCAAACCAGAUAUCAGCUGGGUCGCCUGGGUUGAUGUGGACGUGGUCGAGUAUCCACCGACUAUUUUUGAAGACCUCAUGCGUGCGGAUGCAGACGUUAUUGUGCCGAAUUGUUUACUUCAGCGUGAAGACAAUCAGUUUUGGGGAUAUGACAAGAAUAAUUGGCAAGAAACUGAUGAUUCAAGAAAAAUACAGGAAAGAAUUAGUGAAGAAGACUUUGUACUUUUAGAAGGCUACUAUGAAUUCCCUACUUAUAGAUAUUUGAUGGUGGAUAUGCCGACACAUUUUGGAAGUGAUUAUAAAGUGCCUCUAGACGGUGUAGGUGCAACAUUUACAUUGGUCAAAGCUCAUGUUCAUCGUGAGGGAGCUAUAUUCCCUGCCUUUACUUAUCAACAUCAAGUGGAAACAGAGGGAUUUGCAAAGAUUGCAAAGUCGAUGGGAUUUAGUGUUUAUGGGUUGCCUGGUUAUCUUAUAUAUCAUGUGCAAAAUGAUUAAAAAAGAACUCCCCUAAUUAUUCCACAACACCAACAAACAGCUUUCACAUACCCCCCCUCUUUCCCUUUCCUUUACAACUGUAUACGUAAACAACCACAAUGGUUUUUUUUUUCAUUUCUAUAAAGUAAUACUAUCAAUAUAAUGCUCCUACUACUACAAUUAAUCUAAUAACAAUAAAUGCCUCAGUCUUUGUGUUUACUAAACUUUUUAUUCCCGCCCGUUUAAACUUUUGGAUACACAGGAAAAAAAAAAUCUGCAGUUUAUCAACAGGAGAGGCCACCGAACAUUAUUUGGGCGAUCUUAACGAUUUGGCUCACAUACUCUCUUUCUCUCUGUCCUGUCCUUAUAACUAAAAAUACCACAAGGUUUACUGAACCUGCAGUGCAACACUAGAGUUUUUUUUACAGCUGUGUUUGUAAUAUGAUUGGCUACGGUAAUUACAAAAAAAAUGUUCCCGGGUGGCUGAAUC